AUGGGGAUGGCAUUCAGCGCGGAAUCGCCAACUAAAGAUGAUAAGAAGAAGAAAGACGGGGCUAAAGGAGGGAAAAAGGACAAGGACCCAGUGAACAAGACUGGGGGAAAAGCCAAAAAGAAGAAGUGGUCAAAGGGAAAAGUACGGGACAAACUCAACAACCUGAUCCUCUUUGACAAAGCCACUUAUGAUAAGCUUUUGAAAGAGGUUCCCAACUACAAACUGAUCACACCUGCAGUUGUCUCUGAAAGACUAAAGAUCCGGGGUUCUCUGGCCAGGGCUGCACUUCAAGAACUCCUUUCAAAGGGUAUGAUUAAGCUGGUAUGCAAACACAGAGCUCAAGUAAUCUACACACGGAACACCAAGGGAGGUGAUGCGCCAGCUUCUGUAGACGAUAUAUAA